AUGCAUAUCAUAAAUGUACUACAGCCCGUUAUCAGUGAUCUGAAGGAUUUCUUGGCAGACAAACACGAAUUCCAGCACCAAGGACACCAUAGAUCACCAAAGAUUGCCAAAGAUCACCAAGGACACCAAAGAUUACCAAAGAUCGCCAAAGAUCACCAAGGACACCAAAGAUUACCAAGGAUACCAAAGAUCACCAAGGACACCAUCAAUCACCAUUUUCAAAUAUCCGCCAUAAGUUGGAGGGGGGAGGGGGAGGGACCCUGCUUAUUGUUUGCUAGCAAUAAGAAGGUUUUUUGCAAAUGUAUUAACAAGCACAGUCAUUCUGCCGUUAAGGAAAAAGAAUCAUCAAGAACGUUACACAACCCACAUUAUUCAUGCAUCGAGUGGCCACAGCGGUUCAGACUAGUCCCGCCUUUCAAGCAACUAACUCUUUAUAGCCGCCUGGAGCUUUAUAUUAAACCUUCUACUACUGCACGGUGUUACUUUGGUCGGAAAAUGACAGCCUCUGAUUGUAAGGGUCCUAUUAGGGUGAUUCCUGAUGAGCGUACACGAAAGCACACGACACAUCUUGGACUCCAGGUUGGUCGCUUUAUUCGAGUACUUUGUUAUCAAGUGCCAUUUGGGGUGGUCCCCGAAGAUGCCAGGUUUCCUAGGCUUUUUGCUGGAGUACUGAAUUUUGACGGUCUGUCCUGGGUAACAUCACCUUUCCCACUUGGUAUAUGUGGCAGCCCUUUGUGGUUCUUUAACAAGCUACUAAAGCGUUUUCAACAACACUUUUACCUUGAGGAGCAUAUUUCACGAAGCCCUAGCUUAAGAGCGGGAGUUGUUAGCUGA